AUGUCGGCUAAAAAACCCGCCUUCCCUUACCGGCGGAGCUCCAAUGCCUCGGAAGAUGACUUUUUUGACAUCCCCGACGAACCUUGUCUUUCAAUAGUCAAGCGUCAGCUACGACAUGUCCGAACGUGGGCGAUAGUCGCCUUGAUCAUCCUGUUUGUCCUGUGGCAACGACGUGAACGUCCCCCGCCGCCCCCCUUACCACACAUCCAUUACGACGAGGUGAACUGGUCGCGCUUUGCGUAUACCCAGUAUGCGACUAGUGAGGUAUAUCUGUGCAAUUGCCUGAUGGUGUUCGAGGCUCUGCACAGACUCGACAGCAAGGCGGAUCGUGUGCUGUUUUAUCCGGACGAGUGGGAUCUCAUUGUUGAGAAUGAGUUUGAUCGCGUCAGCCAGUUGCUGCUCGAGGCUAAAAACAAGUACCAUGUGGUGAUGAUCCCUAUGAAGAUCGAGGGGAUCCAGGACACAUCGGGAGCUGGCUCAUCGGCAUCGUGGGAUACAAGCACUGCCAAGCUGAUUGCCUUUGGUGAACACCAAUAUGACCGUGUGAUCCAUCUCGACUCCGACGUGAUUCUCCUUCAGACAAUGGACGAGCUCUUCUUCCUCCCACCCACCACAGUCGCCAUGCCACGUGCCUACUGGCUCUUGCCGGAACGGACACUCUCGUCGCUGCUGGUCGUUAUUGAGCCUUCCCUCCGCGAAUACUUGGCCUUGACCGACGCCAGCGCGCCGGCCAAGAACGGUCAAGUUGACGUGAAUCUGACGGAUCACCGGUAUGAUAUGGAACUAUUGAACCAGCGGUACGGGGACUCGGCAAUGGUUCUCCCGCACCGACAGUACGGGUUGCUCACGGGCGAGUUCCGGACGAAGGAUCAUCGGAAGUUCCUGGGCAACGACGAUGAGGUCUGGGAUCCAGAUCAUGUCCUGGCGCAGGCUAAAUUUGUUCACUUUUCUGAUUGGCCUCUACCGAAGCCGUGGAUUAUGUGGCCGCAGGAACAGUUGGCCGCUGAGCAGCCCAAAUGCGACCACCACCCUGGUACGCCGCAGGAGAGUGGAUGUCGGGACCGAGAGAUCUGGAAAAUGAUCUAUGACAAAUACCGGCGACAACGAAAGGAUGUGUGCAAACUGCUCAGUUAUCCGGCGCCAAUGUAA